AUGUCAACCACCUACGUCAACAACUUCAGUUCCUCUCCACCUCCCACUCUGUCCCAUGACGAGCUCUACCCCUCGCCCUACGAUGUCAACUUUGCCUACCCGAUCCUCGAAGACGUUCUUCAGACCCCGCGCCUGAAGCUCGUCCCCUUCCUCCCCGCGGUCCACGGCGAGGCAUACUGGGAGCAAGUCAAAGACCGCCUCGACCUCUUCAAGUACUACGGCAGCGUCAACCACUCCCUCGAGAGCUUCCUCACCUGGCUCGAGCUCACCCAGCGCCGGCACCCGUACCACUGCUCCUUCGCCGUCGUCGACCGCACGCGCCCCGACCCCGCGCGCCCCGCGCUCGGCGGGAGCCUCGCGGGCCACCUCGCGCUCACGAACGCGAUCCCGGGCGACCUCGUCACCGAGAUCGCGUACGUCGUCGUCUUCCCCGCGUUCCAGCACACGCACGUCGCGAAGGAGAUGGUCGGCCUCCUCCUCCGGUACGCGCUCCAGCUCCCGGGCGCGGCGCCGCCGGGGUGCGGGCUCCGGCGCGUGGAGUGGCGCGCGCACCCGGACAACGGCCCGUCGAUCGGGACGGCGAAGCGGAUGGGGUUCAGGUGGGAAGGGGAGUUCAAGUACGCGAGGGUGCUGCCGGAGGAGCUCGCGUAUGUGGGGGACAGGGGACGGCCGGGGGAUCCUGCGGAUGGGAGGCCGGCGCGGCGGACGACGAUUCUGUCCGUUUGCUGGGACGACUGGGAGGAGGGCGGCGUGAAGGAGCUGGUCGACGCGGUCUUGAACAAGUAA